GGUGAAACUGGGGAUGAGGAUGACUCUGAUGAGGAUGAUUCUCGGCCGUUUAGUUUGUUUGAGGUUACAGACUAUGGUAGAGUCUGUCAGGAUCUUAGUUUAGCUCUCCAGUCUGAUGUGGCUAACAGGAACCUGCAUGAGCUAGCGAAGAUUCAUGACUUGUACAGAACACUUGCUCGUCAAAGUCCUCGGGUUCAUACAGGUGGGCCAAAGUUGCAAGCUGCCACCCUUGCAGAAAUCCUGGCCAACAGCCGAGACUCCUUACUUGAGGAUCAGAAGCCACCCCUAGAAGAUGACAGUAUAUGCAGCGAGCCUGUUCAGGCAAAAGGAAAAAUUGGUCCCACUUAACAAAAAGCGUCUUCGUCAUGGCGACAGC